UUUCUCCAAAAGAUAUGUUGAUAACACCAGUACAAUGUAAAUCUUUGUGGAGGCAAUUCAGAGCAGAGACUGAGUAUGUGGUCACUCAAGCAAUUUCGGCACAGGAGGCUCACAAACGGAGUAACAACUGGUUACCGCCUCCAUGGGCAAUUGCGGCAAUGGUUAUCCUUGGUUUUAACGAGUUCAUGCUCCUAUUAAAGAAUCCUCUUUAUCUUCUGAUAUUGUUCGUUGUAUAUUUACUUUCAAAAGCCUUAUGGGUACAGAUGGACAUCGCCGGAGAGUUCCAACAUGGUGCUAUGGCUGGCAUAAUUUCCCAUCAUCGAGGUUUCUUCCCACUGUUAUGAACCUUCUCAGGCGACUUGCUGAAGAGGCUCAAGGGCGUCAUACUUCAGAAGCUCCAAGACCACAGCAAUCUUGGCUUCUCAGAG